GUUUUAGCUUUAUUGAUAUUUUUAAUUUAAAUUUUUACCAAACUUUGAUAUCAAAAUGUCGGUAAAAUGGACUGGAAAUCACAGUGAAUCGGGUAUUUUACGUAAAAGUGAGUUUAAGGAGAAGAAAGAAGACCUAUUUGUGUUCGGCUACUCAUGCAAAUUAUUCAGGGACAACGAAAAAGCACUGCACAUUGAUCAAGGAAAACACCUCAUUCCGUGGAUGGGGGAUGAAACGUUGAAAAUCGACAGGUAUGACGCAAGAGGUGCCCUGCAUGAGCUGUCGUCUCUGGAGGCUCCCCCUGGUGGGUAUGAUUGGCGCAUAGAGCUCACAAGGAACGAGUUGGAAGUUGAACAGCUGUGCGAUGAAGAAAGAUACAGAGCUCUGCACACAGAUGAGGAUGAAGAGGAAAUGUACAAAGAAGAGGAGCUGAAGCGUCUCCAUGCAGCUGGUUAUGGACAAGUUGGAUUCAACUAUGAUACUCCCUCGGAGCCGGCGCAGGUAUCGCAGCCAACUGAGGUCGACGAACCGUUCCUGCCGACACCUUCUUUCCAAGCACUAUUACCAGUAGAUGUAGUGUUGCCUGACUCCUUGAAACAAAAUGCCAUAAUUGAGAAGACUGCUAACUUCAUUGCUCUCCAAGGAGUCCAGAUGGAAAUACUCAUCAAGACAAAACAGGGUGACAAUCCACAGUUCCAAUUCCUCAACAAGGAUUCUGUACUGCAUCCCUAUUAUACUGCAUUGAUAGCUUUGGUUAAAGCAGGGAAAUGGCCGGAGAAGAAAGUGGAAGUUAUUGAAGAAAAGCCUCACGAACCUGAAGAGUAUUUACAUCCCAGCUUAGCAUCAACGGUUAUUGAAUCCGCACCAUCAAUACCUAGUAUACACUACAAACCGUCAGCAGACUGUGAUUACACCAUGCUUAUAUCGAAAAUGCGGGGAGAGGCGACCAUGGACGAGGCUUACACGCCGGAGUUGGCGCCAGGGGAAGUGGCGCCCCCAGGAACGGAACCUUUACCGCCGAGAUGUAAUGCGGAGAUAUCUCGCGCCCCCGUCAUGUAUAAUAAGGUUGAAGAUGUCAAUCAUCGUGCGCCAUCAUUAGUAGCUGGAACUCCUCAAACACCUCAAGAUCAGUACGCGGCGUACUACCAGCAGUACAUGGCUGAGUAUGCGCCAUCUAAACCGAAGAGAGAGACAACGGCGCCGCUAAAGUCCACCGGACUCAGUCUUAUGAAGAACUAUGAUACUGACAGCGACAGCGACGUGUCUGAUUUUGAUGACACUUCCUCAACUGAUAGUAGGGAACCUCCUGUAGUACAACCUCCUGAGGACGUGCACUCGGUGAUCGACAAAAUGGCGGCGUAUGUCGCACGAAAUGGCGACGAGUUUGCCGAGAUAGUCCGCGCUAAAAACGAUCCAAGGUUCACUUUUCUCGACCCUGACAAUGUGUAUCACCCCUAUUACAAAAGACUGAUGCAGUCAAAAAGAGGGGUUGAUGUGAAUGGCAAAGGCAGGGAGAGGAAACAGAAAAAGUCUUCUGUGCCUGUAUCGUUUUCCAUAAAGAAACUGAAGGAACCAGAUCCUAUUUUACCAAAACCAGCUCUCCCUUACGAGUCUAGUUCAGAUGACGAUUCUGAACAACAGAAUGACAAAGUAGAAGAGCCAAAGGAAGUACCGAAGACCAUUCCUCAAAUACCACCAGUUAUAAUACCGUCAGCUGUUGUUUACAAGAUAGAAGCUACACAAAAUAAUGAGGUACAAUUAGUUGCGCCUAUAGAAAUCGCAAAACCAAUACCAAAACCAGAACCAAUAAUAGUACCCGAGAUGAAAGAAAUACGUAAGGAACCAACGGAAGAAGAAAAAUUGGUGGCAACUGAAUUAGAAAACAAUACUCCAAAAGAAAUUGAAGAGAUAGUAAAAGAAAUUGAACCUGCAGUAGAAAAGAAGGAAGAGAGAAAAGAGGAAAAGUAUAAAGAAAGGGAGAGGUCCAGUCCUAGAAGAGAAAAGAAGAAACAUAGAGAUAAAGAUAAAGACCGAAAAAAAGAAUACCAUUCCAAGUCAAUAAGUAGAGAGGAAGUAAAGGAUAGGAGAGUAGAUAGGAGAAGCGUAGACAGAGAAAAAAAGAGAGAGAAGGAAAGGGAAAGAGAAAGAGAGGCUGAUAAAGAGAAAAAGAGGCAGAGGGUUAUUAAAGAGGAAUUGGAGAAUGAGAUUAUUUCGCUAGAGGACAACUCUGAUGACCUUAUUGAUUUGACUGGCGAUUUAUCAGAUACAAAAGGUGAGUGCGAAACAGAAGGGGAACGAGCGAAGCAACAAGAGAGGAGACGGCGAGCGGCCGAGUUUCUCAAGAAAGUUGGUGUAGAUCCCGCCGCCGCUGCGCUGCCUACCACCUCACUCGCUAGCGCUAUGGUGGACACAUUGGAGUCACUACGUAGAAAAAAGGCUGACGAGGAAGAGAAACGUCGCCGACGAGAAAAGCGGCGGCAUCGAGACAGAUACGGUUAUGAAGAUGGCUCAGACAGGUUUCACAGGAAAAGCAAACGUAGAAAAUACAAGUCAUCGGACGAGAACGAGGAAUCGGACUACGAUGGAUCUAAGAAGAAAAAGCGCAAGAAAGACAAAAAACGCAGCACCUCGAAGAGCAGAAGGAAAAGAAGGAGUGAAGUGGAAAUAGAAGUAGACCCACCUCUUAAUAUAGACCUGACAAAUACUCUCAAGGAAUUAAGGACAUCUUCUCCUACCAAAGAAUUAGGGCUCCAAGAAGUAGAUGAUGUUAUACAGCACAGUUUAAGGCAAGAAUCCUCAUCCGAUGACAUGGAAGAGGAACAGGAACCAAGAAGAGUGAAGAAUAAGAAACAGGAAAGAGAGUAUAGUGAAGGAGAAUGGUCGAGUGACAGCGAUUCAGGAUGUUCUCCAUCUACAAAGAAUGAUUAGGGCUGAAAAUGAUCCUGAAAAAAGACAAGACUCCGUGAACAAGUGCUGUAAUCAGGGAUUUUUAACGUUUAUAUGUAAAUAAGUAAUAUAGAAUAAUUGUAUAUAAAGCUGUAUUAAGUAAAUAAAAUUAUAUAAUAGAUUG